AUGGUGUUCAGGGACUGGGUGCGGCAGAUGAGUAGUGAAAGAGGCUUUGAAAAUGUAGAACUUGGAGUCAUAGGAAAAAAGAAGAAAGUCCCUAGGAGGGUCAUCCACUUUGUGAGGGGUGAAACAAUGGAAGAGUACAGCACAGAUAAUGAUGCAGUUGACAACUUAGAGAAGAAAGAUGUUUUGCUUACUGUUGAUCUGACAAAGCUUACCUGGGGCCCCUACUUACAGGUCUACAUGCUUCGGGCUGCUGCAUCAACCCUUUUAGUGUGUGAUCUUCUUGGAGAGAAGACUGUGUCUGUUUUGGGCAUCAGCACCCCAAAAUAUCAAUUGGAAGGGUGGGGAGAGGGAGGGGGAAGGGGGCCUGAAGAAGCAGAAUGACAGUAUCAACAAAGUAAGCUGCAGGCUGAUUCCAUCAUGCAGACGGACCAGCCAGAAACAGUGGUGUCCAGUUCCUUUGUGAAUCUUAAUUUUGAAAUGGAAGAAGACUGUAAAGUAAUUAUGGAAAACAAACAUAAUCUAGUUUCUGUUCCACCAUAG